ACCUUCAGCUUGGUCCUGUGUUCGGAGGUGUUGGGCAGCUGUGGAGGAGGCUCUGCUGGUUAUUUACUUUGCCGAGACGAAUCUCCACAGAUAAGAUCUUGUCUUGGUGGCACCGAGUCCUAAAGUGAAAUCAGGCUCCUCCUCAUCGACGUCUGAUUUACAGGAUGAAGCUGGCAGAACAUCAUGAUAUUUCAGGAGCUUGUUGGCCGAUUGGUCUGAGGAUCCGGCAUUUCCAUAAACAGGAGCUCCAUAUCCAUAUCUGAACCCUCAUAUAUAUACACCCCAGUGUGAUUUCCUCCCAGUGCCAGUGGCUACUGCUGCUCUCCUCCUCGUCUUUCCGUCUCGUCGUAGGUCGUGAAGAAAAAAAACCGCCAACAUGUCUGAACAUAAAAAGAUGACUUCCAGCCGCAAGCAUCACCUAAAGAGUGUGAUGCUGCAGAUCGCGGCGGGCUGGAUCGCACAGGAGGAAAAAGACCUCGUAGCUGCCAAGAAGGCCUACAUGGAUGAGAACUGUCCCAAACCCACCACGACUGGAGACCACGACGCCCUCGUUGACGUCUGCAGAAAGCUCGGCGCCAAAAUCGACAAAGUGGAUGAAGAGAGGUACGACAUGGAGGUCAAAGUGGGCAAAGCUAAGAAAGAGAUUGAAGAGCUGAAGAUCAAAGUGGUCGACUUGGCUGGAGUGAAGAAACCCGCUCUGAAGAAGGUACGCAUGACCGCCGACGCCAUGCUGAAAGCUCUGCUGGGCUCCAAACAUACAGUCAACAUGGACCUGAGGUCCAACCUGAAGCAGGUGAAGAAGGAGGCAAAGGAGGAGCCUGCAGAGGCGGUCGGCGACUGGCGUAAGAACAUUGAGGAGAAGGCCGACAGGAAGAAGAUGUUUGAGACUUCCUAAAGAAUUAAACUCUGCUCCUGUAGUUGCUUUGGGCUGUUUGCACUUUUUAUGGAAAUUUUCAUUGAAUUGAAAUUUUGUUUCAUUAAAUCUGUAAGUUUCAGCUUGGUCUGUUAUUUUACGUCUGCAUAGCUAAAAAGUUGUUUAGAUGUAGUUUUCGAACCUCAGCAGAAGCGUUUCAUUCAGACCUUUAUUCUGUCGUGUGACUUCCUGUUUCACUUUUGACAACUUCCUGCUCUUAGUGUUUUUGUAAUAAAUGUGUUUUUGUUUCCUA